UGUUCCUAUCCAGAUCUUCCCCUUCGCGAGACAGAGCAUUGGAGAGACAGUAUGUCCCACCGAAGUGAUCUCGAGUCCGCCAGAACAACUCUCGAGCGCGCGGCGUCUGUUGCGAACCUCGCGACGCUGCGAGCUAACGAGCCUCUGACUGGUAUCCAGAUUGCGGGGAUCAAAGAUCUUACCUCGCAGCUGGAGUCUGAGCUCGCCAAACUUCAUCGAUACGACACGACUACCGACAGGAUUCGCAAGAAAAUCCUGGAACAGCUGGCCAUUCACCGGUGCCUUGUGUCUCCUAUCCGUCGGCUGCCUGAAGAAAUCAUGGCGCACAUCUUCUCCCUCGCUGUGGACGAGCCUGAGGAGCCCGAGCGCAGUCUACCGACUGCGAUCGCGGUCUCGCGCGUCUGCUUUAAUUGGCGGAGGGUUGCGCGCGACCACGCAUCGUUGUGGACGACGGUGGUCGUGGAAGACGAACUAGCCGAGUUCAAGAAAUACGAAGAGCUGUACCUCCCUCUAACGAAGGAGCUGCCGCUCGAGGUGAGCUGCGAGCAGGCCAAGAUCCUGUGGGAUCUGUGGGACUGCAUUGCACCGUACGCUUCUCGCUUGCGCUCCAUCGUCGCCGUGGGCUUCCUCAAGGUGAUGCCCGAUCUCAAGGUGCUCUACACGGAGAACCUCGAGCGGCUGGCCGUCUACGCAUUACAGGCGCCCGACUUUAAGGACCUCAGCACACUCGACCUCGUCGCGUCCCCGCGGCUUCGGGAGAUCACUGUCUCGCUGGAAACGCUGGAGAGCGAUCGGCAGCUGCACGUGCCCAUCGCGCGCGCGCUCACGACACUGAAGAUUGUGGUGGAAAAUCCCUUCCCCGUCACGCAUGUGCUGCCUUUCCUGCGGUCCUGCGCAGACACGCUGCAGUCGCUCACUAUCGAUAUCGAGGAGCCACCGGAAGGCCUCGAUGACUCAGACCCUACGCGCGCGGACGGCGGUGAUGUGCUCGUCAUGGGGGCGCUCACCUUCAUCGAACUCUUCGGCUUUGCUUGCGCGCUGCUCAAUCACAUCACCGCCCCCCGCGUCGACAAUCUCAAGCUCAAGGCUGUGCCGACGUAUGGAUCGCGCACCCUGCUUGGGUUUUUGAAGCGUGGUGGGGCUGCGCAAUCCUUGGGCCAAUUGCGGGUGUCCAAGCCGAAGGAACGAAACCAGUCAGCCUGGAUACCCUGCCUUCAACUCAUGGACAAUCUCUGGAAACUGGAUUUCGAUGAGCUGCUGUCACACAGGAGCUUCAUCGACCUACUGGUCCACUAUCAGGGAUGGCGUCUAUUGUUGCCUUCACUGGAGUGUAUCGACGUUCAUCGCGUAUUCAGAAAACGUCCUGAUUUGCAACAUGAUAUUGAUGUGAUGCGCCAUUCUAGGCAAACGUGGAUUGAGCUACUGUAAAGCAGGGUUUAUGGUUUUCUUGUUUGUAUAUGGGACUGGAGAUGUAAUAGUUUAGUCAGGAAAUGAAUGACCGCUACAUCACAAUUUGUGAACCGGUGCAUUUACAGGAUCGCUGUGGGUGCAUGGCGCAGAAAAGUAGUGUUACACAGAUCUUCUAUCUAUGAAUGCUCUCUCGCCGG